CCGUACGUGUACGUAAGUACGUCCGUACGUUUUGCACGAAAACCAAAGACAUCUCGAGAGGGAUUUUGUGACUGACGACAACAAUAAUAUUAGAUUUUCAAUCCAGUGAAAUCAACUUCAAAUUUUAUAGAUCUGCCAUGGAAAAUAAAGGUGCGGCAAGUUCAAGUACACGAGAUGAAAAUGUAUAUAUGGCUAAGCUCGCCGAGCAAGCCGAAAGAUAUGAUGAAAUGGUUAGCUAUAUGAAAACGGUGGCCAAUUCAAGUGAUGAAGAUUUAUCAGUAGAAGAAAGGAACCUUCUGUCAGUAGCUUACAAGAAUGUAAUAGGAGCAAGACGUGCUUCAUGGCGCAUUGUCAGCAGCAUUGAGCAGAAAGAAAAAGAUAAAACGAAAGAAGGUGACCCAGACAAAGUAGAGGAGGUCAAAAAGGUCAGAUUAGAGAUUGAGAAGGAGCUGAAAGACAUCUGUGAAGACAUCCUAAACCUUCUACGGGAUUCCUUGAAAAAAAAUGCUAAAGAAAAUGAGUCUAAAGUAUUUUACCAUAAAAUGGAGGGAGACUACCAACGAUAUCUAGCAGAGUUCUUGGUCACGGAUCAACGUAAGGAAGCUUCAGAUGCCAGUCUUAAAGCAUACAAAAGUGCUAGUGAAAUUGCAGGAUCAGGUUUACCACCAACACAUCCUAUUAGGUUGGGCCUGGCACUCAACUUCAGCGUGUUCUAUUAUGAGAUCAUGAAUUCCCCAGACCGUGCCUGUCGCCUGGCCAAGACUGCAUUCGAUGAUGCCAUCGCAGAGCUAGAUGCUCUCAAUGAGGAUAGCUACAAGGAUUCAACCCUGAUAAUGCAGCUCUUGAGGGACAACCUAACGCUAUGGACUUCUGAUCUUCCUAAGAAUGAUGGAACGGAGAAGCCAGACAUAGAGGACCUUGAAGAUACGCAACAGCAGGAAGCAUCUUAAUCUAAGGUCGUAGGUCACUUGGACUCAUUCUCCAACACACAGAUUAGAAGCAAUGUUUAUCUACAAUGCAGUUGUGUGUUUCUAGUUUCAUUUUAUCAUACUAAUCAACUUGCUUUACCUCCUUUCUCUGUAAACUGCACAGAUUCGAUUUUAAAAAUUGUCACUAACUCUUGAAAGAAAUAUUGGGUAAUGGUUACUUCUUGAAACAAAUAUAGAAUUGUACUUGUUCAGGAUGAACACACAAGACAUUGAAAUAAUUUAUUACUUGUGUUGUGUGGAGAUAUUUUAGUUGUAGAAACUGCAUAAAUUAACAAGUUGUCCAAAAAGCACAUAUUUAUAACAAGGAAGGAAAAAAGACCAUCUUUGCAUUGUAGUUACCAAAUGGUUAAUAGAAAUCUAUGAUUGUGAAAUAUAUACACUUUAAAAUGUAAUGUGUACCUAUAUUGUGUAAGAUAUUGUAAUUUUUGAGCUUCGUAUAAUGCAUUAGGCAAAGAAAAACAAAAUUUGAAAAAAAAAAUACAAAAAAAGGAGAAAAAAUAUGAAUGUGUAUAUAUUUAGUCAUUCUUAUUAAUCAAUUGUUUCAAAUGUGUGUUCCGUUUGAUACUUGCUAUGUCACUAGUUUUUAUUGGCUGGAUUAGAUAUAUACCAAUGCAUAUAAGAGACAUUCUCUCUCUUUUUUUUUAAUUGUGGCACUAUGUGAUGUAUGAUGAUGUAGUUUUUUUUUCUGCUGUAAGUAUUUUCUAGUUGUGGGUUUCGAAAGUGCCAUCGGAAUGAUGGGGCUACAUCAAGAACCUCCAAAUACAUGGAAAGUAAAAUAGAAAAAUGUUAUUUGAAAAGAAAAGUCUGAUGCACUAUUCCAGCAAGAAGUGAUAUCUGAAGAUAAUUGAAUGUGGAGUGAGAGCUUUAUUUGGUUCCAAAAUACUUUGUAAUCCUAUGCUUUCCUCGGUUCUUAUUCAUUCCCCCAUCCACCCUAUUAUUUGUUUUGUUUAUACAGUGCAAAAAAAUGGUUUUGUGAAUAUUAUGAAAAUUUUUAAUGAAUCUGGUUGAUAUUUUGAGUUUCUUCUUUGCUUUUUCCUGUGAAGUAAGCCUAUGCGAUCCAUAUCACUUAUUUUCUAUGUCACUUUCUAUUGUUUGUGGUACCCAAUGUAUUUUUUUCAAUAGUUGAUAAUUUAUUUUUAAAGGGGUGCAUUUUUAGAGUAUGAAGGCUCGAGAGGAUGACUGUCUAGGUGUCUCUUUGACAGUGUUAAGUAUGAUAAGAGAUGUAUAGAAGUGAUCCGUAGAAUGCCAUCUUAUAUCUCUACAUGGUUGAAACAAAUGGAAGUUGUAUGUACAAUGAUGGCACAGGGCUGACUUCAGAUUGAUGAUGACACAUUUUGGGGCUCAAUUGUCAUAAGAUGGCAGCUUCCACCAAUUCUGCCUUGGUUUAAAAGAGACUCUGUACUGACCGACAAGAAGAACAUUGCAGAGGGACAAUCAAUUCCAGGACUAGAAUGACAAAACCCAGUCAGGCCUGGAGGGGGUUAGGGAUACUUUGUAAGUUGUCUUGCCCAAUUUGAAGUGUUUAGGGUUUUCAGAAUGAAUCAGAGUUGGUUUAUCAAGGUGUCGUUUGCAGUAUUUAUUAAUGACUUGCAACCACAUUACUUUGGUUUGGUCCUUAAAAGUCUAAUGGUCAUCACAGGAACUGUAUUUCCAUUUGACCAUGUGUGUGACUGAACAUGUAAAGAAAUUAUUGAAUGCAAAAUAUAAAUGCAAAUUUGAUGUAACUUGAAGGAGUAAUACUUGUUUGGCAAUCAACAUUUAUGUGUCUAAAGGACAUGUAGUGGGAUGGGAAUAGCUUGUUU